AUUUCACAGUUCAAAAGAUGAAGCCACCCCUCUUCAACUGUUAGACCAAAAAUGGUUAAAAAAUUGCUCGACCAACAAGUAGGCGGACAUGGUCAGCCUUUUAUAAAGCUAACCAGUGUUAAGGCUGCAGAUCUGAGACUUUCUCCAAGACUCCAUUCAGCUCCAGACAGACCAACCAAAUCCUACUCACUGACCGAUCCAAGGGCGGAACGCCGCACUGACCCAUCAGCUUCCAGAGCAUCCAUACCACGGGCAGAUACGCUCUCCAAGCCUCCUUCCAGUCAUGUCAUCUCCAGGCCUGCUGUUCAUGCUGUUGAUGUCCUCCUGCCUCCCUGUCUUAAGUGCUCCACCCGACACUCCUCAUGACGAGGGGGAACUGGAGCAACAAUCGCAUCCCAAUCAGCGUGCGAACAUGGUUAAAAAGCUUGGCAGUUGGUUAAAGAAAAAUUUUAGGGGGAUUGGAGAGGUCCUUAUAGCUAGUAUAGAACCAGUGCCAGUAGCUGGACCACCCAUUGCUGCAGCACUCAAAACCCUGCUGCUGGUAACGCCUAAUGAAGACCCACUGGACACUGUCAACUCUAACCUUAAAGCUCUCACCUUUAAGCUUGACACCUUUCACACAGAAUUAAAAUGGGCUGCCUGGGCAGCUGGUGCAUACCAAAUGCCAGUGAACAACAUAGAGAAAGCCUGGAUUAAAUACACUGAGCUAGUGCGUGCUAACACAGGAAAGGAGGCACUCAAAACUGAUUUCUUUACAUUUUACAGCCAGUAUGCAGACAGCACUUUGGUCUUGCACCAGUUCCUAACAGCUAAAUCCCCAUCUGUCACACAAAACCUUGGAGACCUCCUGGCUGAUAGAUUAAGAUGUCAUGAAAAAGAUAUCAAAGCCCAGUUUUUGUAUUUGAAUAAACUUAUGUGUAAAGGCAACAUGAUCAAUGAGAAGUUCUACGAAUUCAAAGGCAAAGACAAUAAUGCCAGGAUUGAUACCGGCCAUAAAAUUGCAUCCGAGUCUGCCUCAGCUUUAAUCACAUCGCACAAGCGAUGCAUAUCUGACAGUGCUGCAUAUAUUGAAAAGGACAUUUUUGAGCGCAUUGAUGAUACCAAAAAACAUCAAGAAAUAGCAGACAAUAUCAGGGCAUUUUUGGUAAACACAUAUGACAGGUAUGACUGGAUGGUUGUUGCAUUUACAACCCGAAACUCAAAGCAUAAGCCAAAAUUACUAAAAAGACAUGCUUUGUCAGGGUUUACUGAGGUACAGAGAGGAACAGUUACAGUGGCUGUAGCCAAGCAGGUGAAAGGAGCUCACACCAAGACUGCUGCUGUUAUAGCAGCCAUUAAAGGGUGCUUAGCUCAGGGGGUGAAAAUGUGUUUAGAUGUAAGACAGAAACUAAUGGAAUGUCAGAAAACUGUUUUUGGAAAAAGCUUGUCUCAGACAUACACAGCAGUGCAUGCUUACAAAAAAAGCAGUCAUACUUCCACCAAUACAGUGGAAGCGCCGAAUGAUGAGGACUCUGAACUCCCAGAAAGCUCCGUCAGCCUCAAAGGCCAGUUGUCGCUAACCCCCCACCUCUAUACAGGGAAAUGCGGAAGAAUUUUUGGGGAGUUUAUCGUCUUUAUUAAAAGUGAUGAGGAGAUAAUGGGAGUAGAUCCCUGCUCCAAAAAGAAAUGUAGCCAAAAUGGCAAGUGUGUUGUUGUGCCAGGCACCUUGAUAGCAAUGUGUGAGUGCAAGUACCCAUACUAUGGUGAGCACUGUGAGAUGACCUUAGAGACUUACAACAGACAACUCCGGCAGGACACUGACGGCAGAACCCAAACCCCAGAACUACGUCGGAAAGGCAUGUCAGCGGCCCCUGGUAACCGGAGAUCUCGAAAGAGCACCCCACGACGCUCUUCCACUCCAAGAUCUCGAAAGAGCACCCAACGACGCUCUUCCACCCCAAGAUCUCGAAAGAGCACCCCACGACGCUCUUCCACCCCAAGAUCUCGAAAGAGCACCCCACGACGCUCUUCCACCCCAAGAUCUCGAAAGAGCACCCCACGGCGCUCUUCCACCCCAAGAUCUCGAAAGAGCUCCAGGGACCAUGGUGCACCAUCAAGGAGCUCUGCAAAAGGACAGGAUGCAAAGUCGUUUUGUGGUUCUCUGUGCAAAGAGAAAACCCCUCUAUUUUUGUAAUGAUUUCAAUCUCCUAAAACAAGACCGCCAACAGCAACUGUAGCGGCUUUGAGACUUUACUUGGGCGCAGAAAUGCUUUGAGCUAAACGCUAAGAUCAACAUGGCAACAUGCUUUUAAAGACAGUGUUAAUGUACUCAUGUUUGUCAGGUAUGAUGAUAUAAUGAUGAAUUAACAAAGAUAAAUAUUUAGAGCAAAUGGUAGUACACAUUUGUACUAAUGACAUAUGGAAAUCUAUUCAUUACAUUAUUCAAUUCUAAAAUGUAACAGAUAUGUAUUAAUUAAUGUGAUGUGCUAACACCUUUGUGUGACCUAUAUUGCGUAGACUUCAGCUUUGAGUUGAUAAUAAAAGCUAAAAAAACUCUAAUAAAAUUGUAUUUUAAAGUGACUGCUGUCUUUGCCAAAUUGAAAUAAAUGCUUUAAUAAUACAUAUUUGCUGCAAUGAAACGAUAAAAGGUUUUCAAUGAAACAAAGUGGAUGUGUCUAAGUGACAAACUGUACAUGACAAUUUGUACUGUAUGUGGAUGGGUGAUGGAAUGUGAUGAGAAUUACAAUUGCAAUG